CUCCGCCCCGUGUGGGUGACGGGAGGGGGAGGGAGCCAGGCAGAGCUGAUCCCACGUGUGACGCUCGCAUUCCCGGCUCAGUAAUAUUCUCUUAGCUCUGACAGUGUGUGUGUUAGUUACUGGCCACAGUUGGGUUAGCCAUGGAGGGAGACGGGAGCCAAGCCACAUCUGGAAGCCCUAACGAUUCGCAACACGACCCGGGUAAAAUGUUUAUCGGUGGCCUCAGCUGGCAAACUUCACCAGACAGCCUUAGAGACUAUUUUAGUAAAUUUGGAGAAAUCAGAGAAUGUAUGGUGAUGAGAGAUCCCACGACAAAACGCUCCAGGGGAUUUGGCUUCGUUACGUUUGCGGAUGCGGCCAGUGUAGAUAAGGUCCUAGCUCAACCUCACCACGAAUUAGACUCAAAGACGAUUGAUCCUAAAGUUGCCUUUCCAAGACGCGCUCAACCCAAGAUGGUCACAAGAACAAAGAAAAUAUUUGUAGGCGGAUUAUCAGCUAACACAGUAGUUGAAGAUGUGAAGCAGUAUUUUGAACAGUUUGGCAAGGUAGAAGAUGCUAUGCUUAUGUUUGAUAAAACUACAAAUAGACAUAGAGGAUUCGGCUUUGUAACUUUCGAGAACGAGGAUGUGGUGGAGAAGGUCUGCGAGAUUCAUUUUCACGAAAUCAAUAAUAAAAUGGUAGAAUGUAAGAAGGCCCAGCCGAAGGAAGUGAUGUUUCCUCCAGGGACGCGGGGGAGAGCCAGAGGUCUCCCCUACACCAUGGACGCCUUUAUGCUGGGAAUGGGCAUGCUGAGUUAUCCAAACAUUGUAGCAACGUAUGGCCGAGGAUACACUGGUUUCGCCCCAAGCUACAGCUACCAAUUCCCUGGCUUCCCGGCUACAGCGUACGGUCCAGUAGCGGCGGCAGCAGCAGUGGCGGCAGCGCGUGGCUCAGGUAGGGGGGCCCGUGGAAGAGGCGGCUACGCAGCAUACCCUCAGAGCACAGGGCCAGGCUUCCCCGAUUACGGUUUCUAUUCCUCGCCAAGCGACCAACGGGGGCCCCCCUUCUCCUUUGCGGACUAUGGCUCCCUGGGCCCCCAGGCGGCUCAGCUGCUGCAAAGCGAGCAUGCCACAUCAGCCUGCAACUCCCCUCUCCAGCACCUGGCCAGCCCGGAUCAGUAUAAGAGCCCAGGCACCAACCCACCCCGGCCUGGAGCCUUUCCUGGAGCCAGCAGUCCCGGGCCAGUGGCUGACCUGUACGGCCCCACCAGCCAGGACUCCGGAGUGGGCAACUACAUUAGCGCUGCUAGUCCCCAGCCCGGCACCGGCUUCGGACACGGCAUUGCUGGUCCUUUGAUUGCGACAGCUUUUACAAAUGGAUACCAUUGAAACCUAACAGGUGGUUGGUUGCCAUCUCAUUUGAGCAGAGUUUAUCAGGAGGCCCGGGGAAGACUGGCCGGAGUUUCUAAUUGGUUCUGUGUACAGGUAAAGGCCAUUAAACUUCAAGCACUACAGCGCUGAACGGGAAUCUAAAGCUGAGAUGGCGCCACACGAAGAACAACCCGAAACGUCAGAAUCAUCUCAGAAAGAAGAAAAAAAAACAACAACUAAACAAUCUGCUGUACUAUACUGAAAACCUGGCUUUUAAAUAUUUUAUCCUAGAGUAGCCCUGACCUUAAAUUUAGGAUUUUAUUUGAUUUUUUUCCUUUACUGUUUUUCCUUUUAGAAGCAUUUUAGUCACCUUUUAUUGUGUACACGUUGAAUCAACCAACGUUUGUUUGAGUUUCUAGAUGUUCUUCAUUGUUCUUGAAUGUUCUCUGAUGAGAGCGACUAUGUAAACAUGAAAUGUCUUUGUUUUUUGGUUUUUGAGGUAGUGAUAUUCCAAUAGCAGUUCUGUUUCACAGCCCUCGUCUAUCACGUUUCAUACAAGCAAGAAAACGGAUUGAAAUGACUCCGCUUGAAAAAGGUGACAUUUUUAAUUCAAGCCUAAACCGCAAUGAGUGGGUAACUCAAAAAAAUCUUAGUAGCUCUGUUCUAUGUUUAUUGUGAUGUCUUGUUAACCAUGAUUACCUAUUUUGGGCAAUAAGAGGACUACAAUAUUUUCACAGUCCUUUUUUAUAAAUGUCAUUUUUGUUGUCGAUGAAACGAAACAAAACAAAAAAAAAAAACGAAAAGAAAAAGCUUUCCUUUUAAUACUUUGUGAAAUGAGAUUUAAAAAGAAAAGAAUUCUGAAACUGUAUAUAUUAUUCUGUUCACUGCAUCAAACUGUUUCUGAGAGAGAACCAUAUUUUUGUGAUGGUGUCAUAGAGGUUGUUAUCGUGCGCAAGCCGAAAUAUGUCAGUGCAAAAAUAUCUUCGAGGCUCAAUGCAGUAACCGAGGUCCAUCUGUAGCACAAAGGCCGUGAUUUACCCCAGUACGGACGAAACUCAAUCGAACACUGUUAGCUCGCUUUGUAAAUACCGUCGGCUUUACAACUGUGCAGGUGUCAUACCAGCAUACGGAUUAGAUAGUAACGUCAAGAUGUGCACCGCUUACGAAGAGAAGAUAUACACAAAUCAGCAUUGUAACAAAAGGAAAAAAAAUAAGAAGAAUAAUAAAUCACGACAAAAUCCAAAGCACACAUAAAAAUCAUUUUAAACCGUGUCGAGACAUUUCAUGUUAGCCUUUCCUUUUGACGUUCUGGUGCGAGCUUCUUUUUCCCGCCGAGUGUCGAGGUUUUUACGCCGAACGAUUCGAAUAACAAAGGCAAUAUUUCAAAAUGUUUUGAAAUUGCUCUACGAUUAGGAAAAAAAAAAAAUAACCAAUCUUUUAUACCAUUACCUCAGUCCUGUGAGAAUUACUUUAAAGGAGAUUACAAAUUAAUUUAUUUUAGCCUGAGACAGAUAUUGAAAAAGAUAUUAAAGUGUUGUUUUGAAAUUAAGUAAAUCAUUGCACUGUGAGAGAGAAUUUAUCAUUUUCUAUUUGCACAUGUGAACUGACAGUCUCUAAACGUGGGUCAUGUGAAGGACCGCUGUGGAAGUCGGUUUGUUUGUUUUUUUCCACGCGGGAUAACACUUACGAAUCUCGAGUCUUGGCUUGCAUCGAUUCGAAGACUGUACUUUUAAAUAAUCUCUUUCCAGGGAUUUUAUUCUAGAAUAUCAGAGAUGACAGAUGGGUUUAUUGGUAGCAAUAGUUCAUUUCCUCAGAAACACUGAAACUGAUUGAAACCAGUAGCUGCUACACACAUUUGUUGUACAUGUGGGGACUGGAUUUGAUGAGACACAAAUGGCAUUUAGAAAUAUGAAUGAUAUUUACAAUAUGAAUUGACUGAUGUAUGCUGUUAUUCGAUCUUGUUGAAAAUGUUUUAUUUUUCGUUUCGUAUUUAAUUUUUUGUUGUUAUUUUUUUUCCUGUUCAUUUCACUAAACUAACAGGUGAGGCAGAAUGCUGGAUUCUUUCUCAAGAAGGAGACGUGAUAAAAGUAAUACGAUUAAAAAAAAAAAAAAAAAAAAAAAAAAAAGGCGAGACGAGAAGAACUUUGUGCUAACUGUUUGAGCUGUUUAAAAAAAGACAAACGUACAAAAAAAGUAAGAAAAUUAUCCCGAACAUGUUUUGAAUUUAAAUAGGGAUGGAUUUUUAUCAAUAUUUUUGUGGAUGUUAAUGAUUAUACUAAAUAUAACUGACAAUAAUACAGAUAUUAUGUACUGUAUUUAUCAAUUGUUUCUCUUCAUUCCCUGUCACCUCAUUCAGUAAUCUUAUGUUGAUCAUUGUAUUUUAGUAGUGUGUGUGUUUCAAAACAAGAAAAAAAAAAAAAAAAAAAAAAGAGAAAACAGAAAAAGAAAAAACACAGGAAUAUGACUUUACCUUGUAAAAGAGUGCUGUCUUGAUGCCAGUGUAGUGGUCUAUACACUUCUUGGUUGGUAUUUUUCACAUUUCCCCCCUCAUUCUCCUUUUGUCGUUUUGCCCUUUCUCUAUAUCUCACUCUCUCUUUAGUGAGUAGUCGUAGGUGUUAUGUACUUAAUGUUAAGAUGUAGAGGUAUUCAUUAGCAAUCGUAGGACCAGUAAGGAUAGAACUUUCUCUUUAUAAUCAUUUAAAGACAAAAUGACAAAAAAUGCUGAGCGUUAUUUUCAUAGUAAUUUCUUUUCUUUUCUUUUCUUCUUCUUUUUUCUCCUUUUUGUUCUACUGUUUUGCUGGUCUCACAUGGUUUCAACUAACCAAAGCUCUCACUGACGAAAUCUAGGAGAAAGAAAUUGCUGUACGACAGAAUUGUAAUCAAGGCAUUAAUUGGAUCCCCACCCUUGAAUGUUUUAAAAGGGGUGUGCCAUACUACCUUAAAUGCUAACGCUAGAUAUGCAAAACCGUUUUACUUUCGUUCUUUUUUUAAGAGGCACUCAAGCUAUAAUUACCAAGAGGGUGAUUUUAUUACAUGGAAAAAUUCAUAAAUAUUUUUUUAGUAAGUUUUAAAAGUAAUAAUGGCAAUAUAGCCUAAUCAUUAUAGAUAUGGAUAAAACUGUCAUAGGUUUUUGAUAUUUAUACUAUUCAAAAAUAUCCCAGUGGCCUAAGGAGCUACCUUUUUUUUUUUAUGCCUAGAUUAAUACAUACAUAGUCACCUGGGACAUAUAAUAUGAUUGUUUUUGUACUUUUUAAUUGCAUUGCCAGCUUUCCAUUUUAAUUCAGCAUCUACGUUCGAUACCAGACAGCAUGUCACACCAAUUAGCUUGACUUUAGUGUAAAUCCAGUCUCGCUCUGGAUCUGUAUUCCUGAAUCACAUCUGUUCUCAGGGAUAUCAAACAUGAGCCACCUUCGCAAGGGAGAUUUUUAUUCUACUAGUGAGUUACGAUCAGCACAACUUUGAAUGAAAGGUGUCUUAACUCAAGUUUAUUCAGUACAUUUGAGCUAAAUUUAAAGGUGCUGUCAGGGUGGACCGUGCGCAGUGUUUUCAUCUUAUUAAACACUAGACAGUUCGUUGUUCUUAGUUGGACGUCUCUAUCUCAACGAGUUGAGCACCCAGCAUCCAUUUAGGACUUUAGAUUAAGGCAAAUGUUUAACAGCAGAUGAAGCACAUUUCCCUUCUGCUGUGAAUCUCGAUUAAAAUGAAGGCUGGCAACCCUUUUAAACGGUCUUUUCCCCCCAUUCGUAUCCGUUAGCUUACCCCGGUUUUUCCGUAAUUUGAUCUUGUAGCUUGGACUUUAAGGUAGCAUGGCUCUGUUGCCAUCAUUUUGUUUUCCAUGGACAGCAGUUUACAGCGGAUGAAUGUUACACAUCUUGCUAGACUAGUUAAAUCAUUGGAAAAUUGUUGGUUUAAAAAAAAAAAAAAAAAAAAAUGAAAAAAAAAUGAAAAUGAAAAAAAGAAAAUGACCUGGAAGGUGUUGAGUGAUUUUGGGAGUGAACUACCGUAUCCAUUUAAACUUGAAUUUUGCGGCAAGUGCUAGGCAAUGGCCAAAACGAUCAUCCCACUAAUAAAGCAGCAAAACAUUCUACACCGUAAUGUCUAAUGUACAGUAUACUUGUAUACAUAUACAAGAUAUAUAUGUAUAGUGUAUAUAUCUCUCUUUGUUAAAUUGUUGAAACUGCCUCAUGACUCAUCAUCGUAGGUGAACCGAUGCUAGUCCACACUGUUCGUUUCAUUGGUUGUCGAAUCGCGUGUCGUGUACCUGGAGGCCCGCUAGUAGUUUAGCUGCAGAACGUGUCGCGUAAACCUGACGAGGACGUGUAGCUCAAUGGGGGACGGUACGGUCAAUAUGGUGUCUAUAGGUGCAGGGUCUUAUUUUUGACACUCGGUCUCCCAUUUUCUCCUGAGGCCUCGCUAGGCCUCGCUGAUUGCCUUGCCCAUUCCUAACACUUGCCCAUUUUUUAAUGUUAACGGACUUUUUACCGCGAGAACUGACUGAACGGACUGACGUCUGAAAGCAUCUUUCAGGUCUUCUUGUAUGGCUUGCUCAAGCCCUGUUGUAAAAUAAACUAAAGUGGAUGGGGGUCUCUCACAUCUCAGAUGUGGAAAGUAUAAUUUUAUAUUUGUAUUUUCAAAUAAUAAUGAUAAUAAUAAUAAAAAAUGUUUGUGAAAGGUUUCCAUCCUCUACUGUGGUCCAGAAAUCAAUGUGUUUGUCUGGAAAAGAUUAAAAAAAAUAAUAAAAAGAAAAAAAAAAAAAAAAAAAAUACAAAUAAAAGAGUUUUGAACCAUUUCACUCAUGGUUUUUAUUUUCAACUUUUUUCAAGCAAUUGAUUUGUGAUUCAAAAUAAAUGAAUAUACCUGCAAAAGAUUGUAUGCCAGAACAUGCACAACGAUUAAAAUGCACAAAGUUGAAUACAGAGCCCAACA